ACAUUUAUCCAUUAGACAGCUUUAAAAUGUAAUCUCAGUAAUGGCUAAAUAAAUAUGCCAUGCAAUGAUGGGUACAAGGUAUACAAAUAAUAAAUAUGUCUUUACUGUAAAUCUGGGCGAGUGCUGUCCGUAGGACAAGAAAACUUAAAUUUGUUAGUUAAAAUGUUUUAUUAAUAAAGCUGAGAAACACAUGCUACGUGCUUUUUUAUAAAAAGAAAAAUUGCCAAACUAAACACAAAUGAGGCCUAAUGAGUGUAAUAUUUAAGUUAGAUCAUUUGAAGGUUGUAAGAAAUUAGGCUACGGCCCCUGAUCUCAGCAGACCAAUGCAGAAGUAAUUGAAUGGAUUUUAUCAUGGGCCCCUUACAGUAGCCUAAAUGCCUCUCUCCUUUACUGAAAGAGUAGCCUAUGCUUUACCUAAAUACAACCCACAUUUCAGUGUAUCAUUAAACUCACUCAGUUGACAGACCAAGACAUGCAUUUUUUUAUCCAAUGCACGUCCGCUUACACACAAAAAAAAAGAAAAGAAAAGAAAAAAGAAAUGCGCAUUGUAAAAUGUAGCCCGUGUCCUCAUACUGUAGGUAACUCAACUCGACGAGGGUUUCCAUUGGCUCCCGGCACAGUAACCGCGGUCUUUGUAAAUUCACUUAGCUAAUUGAUUUCAGCAGCCUUUCUCUCAGAAUCACGUUGCUUUCCAUCACAUGAUUCUGCUCAUUACGCAGGCCACAAGGCCACUGCUACUGAGCGGAGGAAGAAGACGGGACAGGAAUGACUGCCAUGCUUGGGAUGACAGGACCGACCAUCGCUCACCUAAAUGGGUCUUCCGCCGGCAAAUCGAACAUGACCACGCCUGCUCUUUCAAAAUGAACGUACCUAGUUGUAAUGCCGGCAGUCUCAAGUGAAAGUAGUUUUAAAGUAAACAUCUAAGUUUUUCCACUUUUUCAAGUCUCUGGGAUUCUGUCUUUGUAGAUUCGAUAGCCUACAUAAAUGGCUGAGGAAGUUUUAAUAACGUCACCUGGGAAAGCCUCAUCGCAUCUCACUGCCUCAUUAUUGGCAGUCGCAUUUCUCACCUCCUUUGGUAGUUCCAUGCUCUAUGGAUAUAACUUGGCUGUGGUCAACUCCCCAGCACAGUAUAUUAAGGACUUCUACAACCGGACGGCGUUGAGCCGGAAUGGCUCCGGGCUAAAUGAGGAGGCCCUCACCCUCAUGUACUCCCUCACUGUGUCCGUCUUUGCCAGCGGGGGGCUCAUCGGAUCCUUGAUGGUGGGCAUCCUGGUCACCAGAUUUGGAAGGAAAGGGACAGUGGUCAACUCCACCGUGCUGGUGUUCAUCGCCGGCUCUCUCAUGGGCUUUAGCCGAAUCUGUGGCUCACCAGAGAUGAUCAUCUUUGGCCGAUUUGUCACAGGGAUUCACUCAGGUAUCUCUCUGAGUGUGGUGCCCAUGUACCUGGGAGAAAUCGCUCCCAAAAACCUCAGGGGCUUUCUGGGCCUCAUGCCCAGCAUCUUCAUCUGCACUGGGGUCUUCACCGCUCAGAUCCUGGGCCUCCAUGAACUCCUGGGAAAGGAGGAGCACUGGCCCCUGUUCCUCUCCCUGGUUGUGGUGCCCACCUUCAUUCAGUUAAUGCUGUUGCCAUGGUUUCCAGAGAGUCCUCGUUACCUCCUCAUCGAGAAACACAAUGUCCAUGCUACCAUUACAGCUCUGAAGUGGUACAGAACCAAGUGCAACAUCCAGGCGGAGAUCGAGGAGAUGCAGGAGGAGCAGCGCUCCCUCUCCUCCAUGGACACGGUGUCCGUGUGGGCGCUCCUGUUCGACCGCUCCGUCCGGUGGCAGGUCCUCUCCGUGGUGGUCAUCAACAUCGGCAUGCAGCUAUCUGGCAUCGACGCCAUCUGGUUCUACACCAAUGACAUCUUUAAGAAUGCGGGUAUCCCCACUCCAGAGAUCCAGUACACUACAGUGGGAACAGGAGCCAUAGAGAUCGUCGCAGGGCUUGUUGGGUGCUUUACCAUCGAGAGGCUUGGCAGAAGGCCCCUCAUCAUCGGUGGGUUUGCGGUGAUGGGAAUAUGUUGUGCGGGGAUCACCUUCUCUCUCAUCCUGCAGGAACACAUAGCCAUUAUGAAGUAUGUGAGUGUUGGCUGCGUGGUUGGGAUCAUUGCUGGAUUCUGUAUUGGACCAGCCGGCGUUCCUUUCCUGAUCACGGCGGAGUUGUUUAAGCAGUCCCAUCGGCCGGCAGCUUACACCGUCGGCGGUUCCCUGAACUGGAUGUCCAACUUCACCAUCGGAUUCAUGUUCCCAUUCCUGCAGAAAGCUGCCGGCGCCUACUGCUACCUGGUCUUCAGCGGCGUGUGCCUGACCGUGGCCGUCUACGUCUUCCUCGUCAUCCCCGAGACCAAGAACAAGACGUUCGUGGAGAUCAGCCAGAUGUUCGCCACCAAGGAGGGCGUCCUGGAGAGCGACCAGCUGAAGCUGAAGAAGAUGAACGGGAAUGGCUACGGCGCGCUGGAGACCAACAGCUCGCUGGACUUCGACAGCUCCUCCUCCGGCCCGUAAGACCGCCGUCACUCCGUGCCGCUCGGCAUCCUGGGAGAACAGCGGCGGCGGCAGCACUGCGUGUUUCAGCUGUUCCCUUGCCUCCUCGAGUCAGAUUUACAGAUACUCAGCUAGAGCAGUUCAGUCCAGUAGGUUAAGGGUGUGGAAGGAGGACCUGAAUCAUGCAGUGCUCCUGGUCUCCCUAGGUCGUCUUAGUUUAUUUAGUGUAGGCACUAAGAAGCCACUCAGACGUGUCAAGAGUGGGGAGGAAUCUCAAGACCCUCACACCUGGGCUAACUGAGCCAGACCAACAUCUGCACAGUACAACCUAUUACAUAAACCACCUCAAGGACUCUGUGUACAUUUGGAAGCAAACUGUAUGAUUUCUUGAGUUCUUUUAUUCAAUUCAGUUCAGUGGUUUUCAUACAAGGGAAACACUUGCUUUCUCCUGUUCCCAUGGCAUACCUAUAGAUAUAUAUAUCCUCAAAGCUGCAUCUUGAGAGCGAGACGAUACCAAAGCCAUACAUGACCAGCAGCCCUGUUUUUGCCACCAGCAGCCCAUAACUAGCCAGGACAGACAGGCAGCAGGAUGUUUGGGUUCGUGUACAUAGAGAUGUCUUCCCUGUGCUGUGGAGUACUGACACUGAGACUAACCCACAGAGAUUCCCUUUAUCUGUAGGACAUUUGAAUGGGUGCAUGAGUGUGUCUUUGACAGAGAUAGAGACAAAGAGAGAGAAAGAGAGAGAGAGAGAGAGAGAGAGAGAGAGACAUUUACGAGCAUAAGCGCUGUUUGGCUUUUAUUCCCUCCCCCUGUGAUGUGAUGAGCAACACUUUAACCUAGAGAGUUUACUGUAUAUACAUGUUAUUCUCUAUAAUUUAUCAAGUAACUUGUUUUUUAUGCCGUUACAAGAAUUGACAUGUUAGCACUGUGAUCUGAUGCUGUCACGCUGAGAAUCAGAUCAUUACUCUGCAUUGAAGCAUUACCGUUGUGGGCGUGGAUACGCCUGACUAUGUAAACUAAUGGCUGGUUCAUAGUAGCAGACAUAUUGAUGAAAAUGGACUGCUACUGGGAGCAGUGCAACUUCUAGGUCCAGUUUCUGGACUAGUUGUAUAAUGGUGUCCUUGGUUGUCUCCUCAUCACCAGUAUAAUGUAUCUUAUUGCAGCUUUUUUAAAGGACUGGCGCAGUUGUAAAUUUGUUGUCAUCACCAAAGCUGCCUGACAUGUACAGUGCGACACAGACGUCCAUGUGUCUCUUCAUUAAUGUUUUAUACAUAUGGUUUGUUUUAUAUGAACAAUGUCGUUUCAACAGAAAAAAAAGC